UGUAAAUGAAUCGUGUCGUCAAGUAACACCGUGCAGUUCUCUUUGCAACAUUAUUUAUUUGGGGAAAAUAUAAAGCCAUAUACAAGGCUGAAAAUUUCCAUCAGAUUUUAAUAAAAUAUAUAUGUACAACAACAUAUCAACCGUCCAAAAUGUAGAAAAUAUAUAAAAAAGGAAAAUAUACAUAAUAAUCAAGAGUGCAGGUGGGAUUAGUCUUCCAUUGCAACUCCAUAAGCAAACUUUCUUCCUUGCUAAUCUGCUCGAUUUCUUGUGUCUUCUUCUUCUUCUUCUUCUUCUUCUUCUUCUUCUUCUUCUUCAAAGAUAUGGACAACCUGUAUGUCUAUGUGGGGAUUAUUGGCAACAUCAUCUCUGUUUUGAUGUUUCUCUCCCCAGUGAAGACGUUUUGGAGAAUAGUGCAGAAAGGAUCAACAGAAGAGUUUCAGAGCCUUCCCUACAUUUGCACUUUGCUGAAUUCAAGUUUAUGGACAUAUUAUGGAAUCACGAAACCAGGAAGUUAUCUGGUCGCAACUGUUAAUGGUUUUGGCAUUGUUGUAGAGAUUCUUUAUAUUUCCUUGUUCCUCAUUUAUGCAUCUCCAGCAACGAGGGCAAAAACGGCGAAGCUAGCUGGGAUUGUGGAUGUGGUUGCCUUUGCGGUGGCUGUUUUGGUUACUCAGUUGUUGAUGGAAGGAGACUUGAGGAUUGAUGUGAUAGGUUUGUUGGGUGCUGGCCUUAAUAUUGUCAUGUAUGCUUCUCCUCUCUCAACUAUGAGAUUAGUGGUGACAACUAAAAGUGUUAAGUAUAUGCCAUUUCUUCUUUCCCUCUUCCUCUUUCUCAAUGGUGGGGUGUGGACUUUGUACGCGUUUCUUGUAAACGACUGGUUCCUCGGAGUACCAAAUGGGACUGGAUUUUUUCUUGGAUUUGCACAACUUGCAGUUUAUUCAAUUUACAUGAAUUCUUCUAAACCAUCUAAGAUUGUCAUCGAUGAGCUUCAUGAUGGAAGUCAACACCAACACCUCCUCCCAUCUUCCACUUCCAAUCUCACAGAGCCAAUUUAA